AUCGAUGACAAAGAAUUCGACAUUCCUCAAGUUGAUACCCCUCCAACACUGGAGAGCAUCUUAAACGAGACUGAUGAUGAAGAAGAGUCUUUCAUUUUGGAGGAUCCCUUUCUCUUGAACAUUGAUAACACGGAUACACACUCCUACGACACAUCUUCUGUAGCAAGCUCUGACAGCGGGGACCGGACACACCUCAAAAGGAAGAAAAAACUCCCAGAUUCUCUCUCACUCCAUGGAUCAGUUAUACGGCUCUCGCUUCUGAAAGGAAUUUCAGCCCAAAUAGUAUCUGCAGCAGACAAAGUGGAUGCUGGCUUGCCCACUGCAAUUGCAGCAUCAAAUCUCAUAGCAGUGGGGACUUCCCAUGGGUUAGCACUGAUAUUUGAUCAGAACCAGGCUCUUCGGCUGUGUCUGGGCAGCACUGCUGUUGGGGCCCAGUAUGGGGCUAUCUCUGCUCUCAGUAUCAACAAUGACUGUUCGAGGCUCCUGUGCGGCUUUGCGAAAGGACAGAUCACAAUGUGGGAUCUGGCCAGUGGGAAGCUGCUACGAUCGAUAACAGAUGCUCACCCACCAGGAACAGCCAUUUUGCACAUCAAGUUUACAGAUGACCCGACGCUUGCAAUUUGCAAUGACAGCGGAGGCUCCGUUUUUGAACUGUCAUUUAAGAGGGUUAUGGGAGUGAGAACGUGUGAAUCUCGAUGUCUCUUCAGUGGCUCAAAGGGGGAAGUUUGCUGUAUUGAACCGUUACAUGCAAAAGUUGAGCUGAGAGACCAUCCUAUCACCCAGUAUUCACUGCUGGCCAUGGCCUCCCUCACAAAGAUACUGGUUAUCGGCCUGAAGCCAUCUCUGAAAGUGUGGAUGACCUUUCCCUAUGGUCGUAUGGACCCUUCUAGUGUCCCUCUUCUGGCAUGGCACUUUGUGGCUGUACAGAACUCUGUGAACCCCAUGCUUGCGUUUUGUCGAGGAGACGUCGUUCAUUUUCUUCUGGUAAAGAGAGAUGAUAGUGGUGCAAUACACGUCACUAAGCAGAGACAGCUUCAUCUACACUAUGACCUCAUCAACUUUACUUGGAUAAACUCACGGACAGCAGUGCUUCUGGACAGUGUGGAGAAGCUGCAUGUUAUAGAUCGUCAGACGCAAGAGGAGCUGGAGACCAUAGAGAUCUCAGAAGUUCAGCUAGUCUACAACAGCAGUCACUUCAAGUCGCUGGCUACGGGAGGCAACGUCAGCGAAGCCCUGGCAUUGGUUGGAGAGAAAGCUUGUUAUCAGUCCAUCAGCAGCUGUGGUGGUCAGAUCUUUUACCUUGGAACUAAGUCUGUUCACGUCAUGACAUUGAGAAGCUGGAGAGAGAGAGUCGACCACCUUCUGAAACAAGAGCGUCUCACUGAUGCCCUGGCUCUAGCUUGGUCUUUUUAUGAAGGUAAAGCAAAGGCUGUAGUAG